GUAGUAUUGUUACCUUGACUGAGUUGUGACUCGACUAAGUGCAGAUGUUUCAUUUUGAGCGUCAUUACACGCCAAUUGUCCGCUCCGCAUAAUUGCCACCAUGAAAUCGUCCCUUCUGCUUCUACUGUGCUGUGCUUUUUCAGAAGCACUGACGCUGGCUCAAGUGGACAAGGCUCCUGCAACUUUGACCCCUGCCAAAAAGUUUGUGACAGACCAAACCAGCAGCAUACCAAGUGUUUCACCUGCACCCUCCACCAAGGCUACACAGCCUGUUCCCUCCACCAACGCUACAACGCCUGUGCCCUCCACCAACGCUACAACGCCUGUUCCCUCCACCAACGCUACAACGCCUGUGCCCUCCACCAAUGCUACAACCAAAGCUGCACCCUCCACCAACGCUACAACGCCUGUUCCCUCCACCAACGCUACAACGCCUGUGCCUUCCACCAACGCUACAACGCCUGUGCCUUCCACCAACACAACCACAACGCCGACAUCGCCUCCUUCUCCUCCCAAACCCACGCCGCCCGCCAACUUGAGCGUUGGGAACUACAGCCUGAUGAAGGACAAGGUGGUCUGCCUGAUGGCUCAAAUGGCGCUGCAGAUCCGCCUGAUGACACCAAACGCCAGCGGGACUUUUGUGGUUCAGCCCAAUAAGACCAAAGCAGUCGGGGAGUGUCAGGAGAACAAGGCUAACCUCACACUGGUCUUCCAGGAGGGUUUUAUCACCUUUAUGUUCAACAAGAGCUUGGCUGAAAACAAGGUCUAUGUGGAUGCUCUGUCUUUUGUCUUCUCCUACCCUUUCAGUACAGCCAACGGACAGUACGCCGCCAGCAACAAGUCGAUGAGAAGCUUUGCCGCAAAAAUCGGCCACUCGUACUCCUGCAAGAGCGAGUCACUCGACAUGGGGAAUGGACUGUAUUUGGAUGUCAAGCAAGACAGGAUGCAGGCCUUCAAUCUGACCAAGAGCAAUGAAUUUGGCACCACUGAUCCGUGUGCAGCCGACCAGCCAGAUUAUCGCGUGGCCAUUGGAGUAGGGGUCACGCUGCUGGUGCUUAUUGUGGUGGUAGUGGUGGUCUACCUGUUGGGCCGCAAGAGGAGGACCGAUGGCUACCAGUCGCUGUGAGGCCAGCCAUGCCCCAGGGGUGGCUGGGUGAGGCAGGGUGUGCUGUCAAGGGCACCAAAAUGCACAUUUUGCUCAAAAUGUGUUACUGGAAUCACAUUUGGUUCUUUUUUUUCCCACUGUUGACAUUUUGUUUUAGUAUUCUGUUUUAAAGUGUUGUUUUUAUUAUGAGAAUUGUACUGAUGUACCCCUCAUACACUUGGAUAUAUGUUGCGUUUUUACUGUGAAUUAGCAAAAAGGGAUUUCUAAAGGGAUGCUACUGCAUGUGUUGAGAAUGACAUGUGAUGUACUGAUCAAUUAUAAUUGCACUAAUUAGGGUUACAGCCGAGGUUGUACAUAUAUGGUCGUCUGAAUAGAACCCUUGUUUCUAGCUUUAUGGCUUCUGAUGACAAAACAUGCAAAUAGUUUACAUUAUUGAUUAAUACAGCCAAAAUAAAGUGAGACAUAAAAUAUGUAUUAAUAAUACAUUUGUGUUGUGCAUGUUGCCAUUGUGUACAGCAGUAAGUUUGCUGUAGAUGCAUAUUUUUCUCCCUUUGAAUGCUUUUUAUGCCAUUAAAGAACGAAAUUUAUUCCAAUAAUACCCAGUUGAGUCAAUGGGUAUAACAACAUGGCUUUUUUUAAUGUACUUUUAAAAAACAUGUUUUGAUUUAAACAGAAUGGUAGUAUUGUUAUUACUGGACUUGACACCUCUUAUUAAAUCGUGGCUGUCAUACUUUGUCGCCGGAUAUCCAAAGGAAUCAUAUUUCUGAACGUAAUACAAUUAACAGGCUGCCAUACCAUGAAUUGAUUUACAUGGACCCCGACUUAAACAUGUUGAAAAACGUAUUCGGGUGUCAUCAUUUAGUGGUGAAUUGUACGGAAUAUGUACUGUACUGUGCAAUCUACUAAUAAAAGUUUCAAUCAAUCAAUCAAAAAGCCUUCCUUUGUUAAUAAUGAUAAUAAUGCAGCUCUUUUCUGUCGACUAGUUAUGUGUUUUAUUAUAUUACAACUGUAUGUAUGUUCGAAAUAAACGUAUUCCAUAACCAUA